ACCAACAGACAGAAGCUUAGUAGGUCAACCCUUCCCUCUCACUCUGCUAGGCAGCAAAAGGCAAGGCUUUUUUAUCACUUGUUACCAGGAGUUUGAGGUUGCCGCUGCAAUGUCUCUGAGGCUGCUUCCCGCUAUCACCAUGGAUAAUGACGAAGAUGAUGAUGGAAAUUUCACCAAAUGGAUGAGUAGUUACUGGGGUCAUGGAACAGAAAGUGGUCAUUCCAGAGACCGAAAGAGGAGCUUCAGACGACCAGCAAGAUCACAAAUAGACAGACGUGGGUCACUACCCACUGUGUCACAGUUAGACGCUAUGAAGCUGAACAAGCUCCAUGCAGCGACGAUGGCCCCUAGUCCCAGUCACCUGAAAACCCGAGAGGAGUGGUUAGAAGUACGGCCUCACUCCAGGACUCGUCGCACCUCCUCUGACGAUGGCCGACCCAAAACCACCAUCCCGGAAGCACGUAUUAGCACCAUCCCUGAAAUCACAGGGUCCCUGGAAAAGAGGCUUCGGACCAUCUCUCUGAAUGAGGACAACAGGUUGUGCCUGAUCUGUUAUGAAGACAUGCGAAAGAAUGGAGCAGGCACCCAGGAGCUGCACUGCACACACCGCUUCCACAAAGAGUGCAUGGAGCAGUGGUUGUGGAGGAAGCAGACGUGUCCCACCUGUCGCGUGUGUGUGUCUAUGGCCAAACCUCUGUACUGGACCUCCUCUCGCACCUUCGUCCCAUAACGCUCCUGUCCCACUGUAUGCCUCACCUAUGAACUCUUGACUCUCCACCUGUCACAGAAAAACCCUGCAUGAAUUGCCACAUCACACAGUGAAGUUGAUAUUCACAAUUUACAUUAUACCUGUUUCUUUAUUAUAGCAUUUUGAUUAUUUUAUCA